CAAGUGGGAUAAAAUCUGCAGGUGUCAGACCAUCUAGAAGCUCACCGCAUCUCCAGGAUGUUUCCUCUACAGUUCCUCUACAACUUCUUUUACAUCGCUGUGGUCACAGACUUUGAAGAAAAGAAGAAGAAAGUGGUCCAGUAUGACACCUCCACGUACAAAAGAGGAGAUCUUCUAGAGGUCCCUCGAACUCUCUUCACGCAUUUCGGAAUCUAUCUGGGGAACAACCGCGUGGCUCACCUCAUUCCUGAUAUCCUGCCGGUCUUGACCACCGACGAGAAGGCCAUUGAGAAAAUGGUGACUAACAACCGGCUGAUUUUGGGUGUGAUAGCAAAAAAAGCAAGUGUCCGGGUGGACUCCUUGGAGGACUUUGCGUAUGGAGCAGAAAUUCUGGUCAACCACAUGGACAAGGUGUGCAGUCGGUCUCCGUUCGAGGGGGAGGAGGUGGCUCGGAGAGCCGAGAAGCUCUUGGGCUCCGUGGUUUACAGUCUGCUGUGGUACAACUGCGAGCAUUACGUCAUGUACUGCAGAUAUGGCACCAGCAUGAGCUUUCAGACCUACCAGUUCUGCAAAGUCGUGCGCAAGAUUGUGUGCAGCAAAACAAGUUCUCUUUUAAGCUUUCUGUUAUGCUUGUUCAUCAUGUUUUAUAUGGGGUCUGUGUCCAUCUUUGGAAUUUUACCCACUCUUAUAACCCCCUUUACUCUUUGGAUGGCAUCCUGAAAUGGCUAUUUUAUAGAUUUCUAUUAUUUUUAUUUUUUACCAUUGUUUAUCAAUUAGUUCAAAAUAGUGGUUUAUUACCCUGGGGCACCUAUUGGGCCAUUGUCAAAAAAAAUAAAAUAAUAAUAAUUGGAUUAAACGCAUAUAAGAAUGUGAUCUUUCCAGUACUGACAUGUACAUCAGACAAUUUAUUUUCUUACUGUUUGUUGUGAAGCAAAAUAAAUAAUAUAAAUGUAUAUGUGGAAGAUAACGAUUAUCAUGUACUGUGCAUGUAUAUUUAUACAAUACUCGAAGGUUCUUUAAAGAAUUCCAU